GGCCCCAGCUACAGCUAGUAUAGCGAGCGCCGCCGGUGCCAGCCAGUGCAACAGAACCCGCACACCACGCACCACACCACACGGGCGGGCGGGCGGAGACGACAGAUCGAUCGGCGCCUCGUCGGUCCCAUGGCGAUCGGCGGGUCGGAUGCCGGCGGCGGAGGCGCGGCGGCGGGCAGGAGGAGCGUGCUGGUGACGGGCGGCGCCGGGUUCAUCGGCACGCACACGGUGCUGCGCCUCCUGGAGCAGGGCUACGGCGUCACCGUCGUCGACAACUUCCACAACUCCGUCCCCGAGGCGCUCGACCGCGUCCGCCUCAUCGCCGGGCCCGCGCUCUCCGCCCGCCUCGACUUCAUCCGCGGGGACCUGAGGAGCACCGAGGACUUGGAGAAGGUGUUCUCUGCCAGGAGGUACGACGCCGUCAUCCACUUCGCCGGGCUGAAGGCCGUCGGGGAGAGCGUCGCGCACCCGGAGAUGUACUACGAGAACAACCUCGUCGGCACCAUCAACCUCUACAAGACCAUGAAGGCGCACAACUGCAAGAAGUUGGUGUUCUCGUCGUCCGCCACCGUGUACGGCUGGCCGGAGGAGAUCCCAUGCGUGGAGGACUCCAAGCUGCAGGCCGCCAACCCUUACGGCAGGACCAAGCUUAUCCUGGAGGAUAUGGCGCGUGACUACCACCGCGCGGACCCGGAGUGGAGCAUCGUCCUGCUGCGCUACUUCAACCCCAUCGGCGCGCACAGCUCCGGCGAGAUCGGAGAGGACCCCAAGGGGAUACCCAACAACCUGCUGCCCUACAUCCAGCAGGUCGCCGUCGGCAGGCUCCCCGAGCUCAACGUCUACGGCCACGAUUACCCCACCCGGGACGGCACCGCGAUCAGGGAUUACAUACACGUCGUCGACCUGGCCGACGGGCACAUCGCAGCGCUCAACAAGCUCUUCGACGCUCCCGAUAUCGGUUGUGUGGCCUACAAUCUGGGCACGGGGCGCGGCACAUCCGUUCUGGAGAUGGUGGCGGCGUUCAAGAAGGCCUCCGGCAAGGAGAUUCCCACCAAGUUGUGCCCCAGGAGACCGGGUGACGCGACGGAGGUUUACGCGUCCACCGAGAAGGCUGGAAGGGAGCUUGGAUGGAGAGCCCAGUAUGGAAUCGAGGAGAUGUGCAGGGACCAGUGGAACUGGGCCAAGAAGAACCCGUAUGGCUACUGCGGCAGUGCCGAAAAAUAGAGUGGGUUCAUCAGAACUCCGGAAUGAAUUGUCCAUAGUAGUUCUUUGCAACCUAUCAGUGGAACAUGUAAUAAGUAAAAAAAAAAAACCACCUAAAUGUGCCUACAAAGUUUCAUACGAUCUCCCGGCUUAAUACGUGAUUUUUUUUUGAACCAAGCUUAAUACGUGAUGUUUAUUGGCUGCUACCGGCCGGGUGAUGACUUCAGAUGGUUGGUACGUGCCAAGAUUUGGGUGUGUUAACUAAGCUGCGCUCUGACUCGGAUCGUGUCCCCACCGUCUUGUACUUCCUUUUGCUCAUUCCCACAUCAGAGAGUACUUGCUUAGAAGAAAAGACAGCACGAUAACGAAUUAACGACUUGUCUAGAUCCAAAAA